AUGGAUGUUCACGUAUUUCUGAUCAAACCUUUUAUGUUUUUUCCUACCACUGCGGUUGCAUUUUAUGGAUGGUUUGAGGAAUUUGGUGUGAGUUAUAAGGUGCAGGCUUAUUUGCUACAAGUUCACUAUGUUUGUAGGUUUCUUUUGAAAGGUUUUUGUUAUAAAUCUCACAAUCAGACACAUUACAGGGAUCGCGCUUAGUAUUCUAUUUCUCUUUAAAGAUCGCUAUGAUUGUAUAGUUCAUCAAAAUCCCAACAGAAAAUAUAAAACAAUCUAUUAUUUUGCAAAUCUUAGCUUCUGUUGCUUAGUCAUCAUCCCACCCUAUGUGGAAAAAAUCGACGAAGAUCUGGAAAAAUCCAAAAUCAUUUCUCAACAUCCCUUGAUGCCUCCACGAUUUUUCGCCUCACAAACUCAUAUCGUCACAACUCAAAUCGCGCUUGCAGGUAGUCUGGCAACUUUCGUGAUUUUCCUAAUUAACUCACAGUUGCUCUAUUUUACCUGCUCAACAAUCCAUUUCCUCCGCAAAAAAUCGCAAAAUCUAUCAGUGGAAACUAGGAAAAUGCAGCUGCGAACAGAAAUUUCGCUUAUCUUACAAACUCUUAUACCAAUAGUUGCGUUAGGAGUUCCCGUGAUUUUCAACAGUGUUUUGAUGUUUUUGGGGAUUUAUGUACAAGGUAAUGCCAUAACUCUCUCUCUUUUUCUUAUGCCUUUUUCCCAGCCGUCAACAUUUUCACAUUAAUUGUUCUCCUCAGCCAUGGAUUAACUUCAACACUCUGCAUUAUCUAUAAUUAUCAACCUUAUCGAGAAUACACAAAAAAUUUGAUUUGCUGUCACAAGAAUCAAAUUCAUGUUAACAGUAUUCCACAUUCACUUUAA